GCGGCUGUCCCGACCACUUUUCAACAUGCUCAGUACAAGCUCCAUGAGUAGCACGAGUAGCACGAGCUGCCUCCUCCGGAAGCUCCACCGCGUCCUGAGCCAAGAGAGCCCAAGCAUCGUCGCAUGGAGCGACUGCGGAAAGCACGUUGCCGUGCACGACGCGCCUCGCUUCGAGGCCAACAUCGUGCCCACGUAUUUUCGCCUCCGGACGCUUUGCGAGUUCCGCGCGCUUCUGUGUCAGCACGGCUUUGACUGCAGUGACGAAUUGAGCUUCAGCCACAGCGACCUCUCCCGCGACUGCCCCAUGCCGUUCGCGCCCAAGAAACGAGCGAGCGGCAAGGUCCUCUCCAAGGCCACAAAGACGCGCCACCACCCCUACGGUACAUGCACCACGACCACGACAGCGUCCCGGGGCGGCGACGAACUCUGGUCGGCGCUGGCUGCCGUCUGUCUGCAAUCAUCCGAAACGAGCCAUACAGCGACCAACCCGCUCUUUCAGAAGCACACCAGCUUCGAGACGCAGCCCGACGCGUGGCAAUUGCUCAACGGCCAUUCGGUCGUCUGCGUCUAAGGCGACGUCGCCACCUUGCUUGUAGUCUGUCCCGUACUGUCCAAUGUCCCGAUUUGAGAACCCUGCUAUUUAACACGAGAUUUCCCUUGAUAUCGAAAAGCAGCAUCGACCCAUUCUGGGGAGCACCACAGAGGAUUGUGCGAGAAGGACGCAAGCACCAUGGCAGCGUAAGCACUGUAAUC